AUGCCUUCCAUCACUGAGCAGACCGGUGAUUCUGGCCUUGAAUUCGAUGCCCACCGCGACUUCCGGUAUUCAAUCAUUCGUCUUGAUUUCCUCCCUUCGCGGUCAUUUUCUCUUCCUCAUCUCUCGUUGACAAACCAACUGUUGAUGGAUUCUGACCAAUCAUCUCAAGGACCGCAACCGAUCCUGGGAACUGGUUUGAACGUCUCCCUUCAGGGCCGCCGCCAGACCAAUGGACACGAAGAUUCUGCGAUUGCGUCAGACAAUAUCAAGCAACGUACCCCCGCGCCAAAGAAGGCACCAACGCGACCGCCUCUUCACCACCCGGCUUCGUUAAGUAGUCAAACGUCCAGCGUCGUUACUGAAUUUGCGCAUCGCAAUGAAAGAGACGACAGUAUGAAGCACGGCGAAGAAGACCCUCAGAAUAGUCUUUUCACACAGGUCUAUGAGUGGCUUCAGCGCGAGAAAUCCAAACGGAGUUCUUAUAAAGCGACAGACGGUGCUGCAAGUGACGGCGACGAUGAUGACGACGAUGGCAGUAGCGUCCUCGUGGAAAGACCCGUGUCUCUUGGAGCUGAUACCGCACUUGCUCUCGACAAGCUGGAAAAGAUUCUCAUUGAAUAUGCCGCUUCGCGACAGGCGGGAGGCUCUGUAUACUUCGCCCGACGGUCCGGUCGCCGGCGCCAGCAGUCCAGGGGAUUGCGUAGGGGUUCUGCUUCCGAGUCCGACUUUUCAGACUUCGAGGCCACCGCUCCCAGCGUGGAUGCAGUGCUGGACAACUCCAAAACUCUCGCUUACAGCGGCGGUAGUGCAGAGGAUGACGAUAAUGAAAACGGCGCCAACGCAGGACGCGCAAAGGACCGAGAAGCCUGGACGGUGUUUAAGAGUGAAAUUCUCCGGCUUGCCCACACCAUGCAAUUGAAAGGAUGGCGAAAGCUCCCAAUGGAUCUUGCUGCGGAUAUGGAGGUUGUUCGACUCAGCGGUGCCCUCACCAACGCCGUGUAUGUAGUCACGCCGCCGCAGAACAUCCCUGUGCAGAAGGCGGAAGAUGGAUCGUACUCCUUGGUGCCUAGAAAGCCGCCCCCGAAGCUUCUGCUGCGUAUUUAUGGCCCACAGGUGGAUCAUCUCAUUGACCGUGAUAACGAGCUACAAAUACUUCGUCGGCUCGGCCGAAAGAACAUCGGACCAAAGGUCUUGGGUACAUUCAACAACGGACGGUUCGAAGAGUUCUUUGAAGCUCGCCCGCUGACGCCAAAGGAGCUCCGUGAUCCUCCUACCAUGAAGCAGAUUGCGAAGCGAAUGAGAGAACUUCACGAUGGGGUCGAUCUUCUUGAGGAUGAGAGGGAGGGAGGACCCAUGGUGUUCAAGAACUGGGACAAGUGGGUUGAUCGUUGUGAGCAAGUCAUAAAUUGGCUGGACAAGGAGAUUCAAUCUGAGCACAACAAAAGCAAAGCUGCGUCAGAGGCUUGGCGCCGGCGAGGCUUUGUCUGCGGUGUCCCUUGGCUCUCGUUCCGGAAAGCAGUCGAAAGCUAUCGAAAGUGGAUGGUUUCCAGCUGUGGAGGGAUCGAGGAGAUCAAGCAACAGUUGGUGUUUGCGCAUAACGAUACUCAAUAUGGAAACCUGCUUCGCAUGGAGCCCAGUCUUGAGUCACCGCUGCUCCGACCCGAGAAUGUGCAUAAGCAGCUCGUCGUGAUUGACUUCGAGUAUGCGUCCGCGAACACCCCCGGACAGGAGUUCGCAAAUCAUUUCACUGAAUGGUGUUACAACUAUCAUGAUCCGGAGCGGUCAUGGGCGUGCGACAACACGCGCUAUCCGACUCCGGAGCAGCAACAUCAAUUCAUCAACGCAUACCUCAGCCACCGGCCCGGAUUACGCGAGCAGCCCUCCCCGUCUAUCACUCCCCUGAUGCGUGGUCUCUCUGCCAACACCUCUUCACUAGCUCCUCUGGACCUGGACGAUGGCCCGGACGUGGACAUGCCAUCUCGCCUCGAUAUCGAAAAGACGCACGAGGACAGCACUAACGCCCGAAUCCAGUUCUACAUGCGCCAGACCCGGCUAUGGCGGGUGUUGAACUCGGCACAGUGGGUCGCCUGGGGCAUCGUGCAGGCCAAGGUACCUGGCAUGGAGGAGGGUAUCGCAGCGGACGAGGCCGCCCACGCCCACAAUGGCCACCACGAUGCCAAUGGCAAUGGUGCGCAUACCACUCCGCCCGUGGAUGCCGAUAUCGACGAGGCCGACGAAUUCGACUACCUUGCCUAUGCCCAAGACAGAGCACUGUUCUUCUGGUCGGACCUCCUGUCUAUGAAGUUCAUCCGGGAGGAUGAGCUCCCCGAGUCGCUGGUAGAGCAGAUCAGAUCCCGGGUCAUCGAGUACUAG